AUGGCAGAGGUGGCUGGAUUCCUCGGGAGCAUCGAUCUGGAUUUGCAGGCUUUUCCAGCAUUAGGGAAUGUGCCUCUGGCGGAUGGUUUGAAUGAGAGAUUGGGUCUGAUUGAGGGCAGACUGCAGCGCGGGUCGCUCACGGAUUUUGGCCACCUGAAGGGCAUCCUGCGCAGGAGACAGCUCUACUGCCGCACCGGCUUCCAGCUGGAGAUAUUUCCUAACGGGACGGUGCACGGAACCAGACAGGACCACAGCAGAUUCGGUAUUCUGGAGUUUAUCAGUCUGGCCGUCGGGCUGGUGAGCAUACGAGGCGUGGAUGCAGGUCUUUAUCUGGGGAUGAAUGAGAAAGGUGAACUCUAUGGGUCGAAGAAGCUGACAGCAGAGUGUGUUUUCCGUGAGCAAUUUGAGGAGAACUGGUACAACACGUAUGCAUCCACACUCCACAAGCAUGCGGACACUGGAAGAUACUAUUACGUGGCCCUGAACAAGGACGGCUCGCCUCGAGAAGGAAGCAGGACUAAAAAGCAUCAGAAGUUGACUCACUUCCUGCCCAGACCUGUCGAGAUUGAGAAGAUACCCCAAGCUUACAGAGACUUGUUCCAGCAUAGGUGACCAGAGCAUCUGUCAGAGUUGCUGUGUUGGAGAGGCGCAGUUGAGGUGCUGGAUGGGAAAGACGGACGCUAAAGAACAUUAAGAAAUACAAGACCCUACUUCUCUCGCCUCGCAGCUGUUUAUAUUUGGGUUCUGGUCCAAAAUGAGGAGGCCCUCUCCAGUGGUGAUUGAGAUAAACAGUACGUGUGUGUCCUGGAUGGCUCCGUUUCCUCUCCUUAAUGGGUUUUAAACCACAGAGAAGAGGGAACAUUCCUGCAUCCAAAGCUGGAGCCAAAAGAUGUCUUGAGGAAGAGGUGUUGACUUCAGGGCCUCAUGACGUGUGUCAUGCAAUCACCCUUU